CCUCGCCCCACCCUAUUCUCGCCACUGGCCCCGCCCCCCUCUCGCGCCCGCGCUUAUUUGCCGGCGCCCUUCCUCCUCGCUUCCCCAUUGCUCCGGCUUUUGCCUCUUCGUUUACGACUCCGUUGAGCUCCGCCCCUCCCAGAGAGGGCCUCCAUAGCGCAGGUUCGUGGGUUCUCGCGGACCUUUUUCCGUGUAGCUUUCUCCUUCUUCCCGGCAUUCCUGUUUCCGUUUUCUCACGGCCCUCUGCCUUUUCCACCACUGAGACACUUCGCGCUCAGGACUUCAGUGACGUCAUCUUUCUGCGGCGCGCGGACACCCGCCGGUGGAAGAAGAAACAGCUCCGCCGCCCUUCGCUUCUUUUGCUGGGCUGCUGCUCCUUCGGCAUCAUGGCGCCGUCGCUGUGGAAGGGGCUGGUGGGCAUCGGUCUCUUUGCCCUAGCCCACGCCGCCUUUUCCGCGGCGCAGCAUCGUUCUUAUAUGCGAUUAACAGAAAAAGAAGAUGAAUCACUGCCAAUAGACAUAGUGCUUCAGACACUUCUGGCCUUUGCGGUUACCUGUUAUGGUAUAGUUCAUAUUGCAGGGGAAUUUAAAGACAUGGAUGCCACCUCAGAACUGAAAAAUAAGACAUUUGAUACGUUAAGGAAUCACCCAUCCUUUUAUGUAUUUAAUCAUCGUGGUCGAGUACUUUUCCGGCCUUCGGAUACAACAAAUUCUUCAAACCAAGAUGCAUUGUCCUCUAACACAUCAUUGAAGUUACGAAAACUCGAAUCGCUGCGUCGUUAAGAUUUUUACAAAUUAUAAUAAUAGGACAGGACACAGAGCUGGAAUAUUGGAGUUUGGGGUAUAAAACACUCCUCCCUGCCCCCCAUUAGUAUUUAUAUUGAUCUUUCAGACCUACUUUAGAAAAAACCAUGGCCCUCAUUUAUAUACUGUUAAUCCAAUCAUUAAUGCAGUGUAAGUUAUAUGUGAAAUAAGUCUUUGGUAUUUCAUAUAGGAAUGUUUUUUUCAUUUAAAUCAAAUCCACAUCUUUUGUAAAAGCCACUGUUUUGAACACAUUUCCUUGAAAAAUGUUGGUGGUUUUUGUGAUUAUUUAUUUUUUUAGAUUUCUUUUGCACUACAGUUUUUGGAAUCCUUUUGGAAACACUGUGUGACUGCUGCAUUUUGCAGCGUGAAUUAUGGUAAAAUGGUCUUCAAUUCUUAACAAAUGGACUUCCCUAAUGAGACCAAAAUGGUGAUUUAACAGUUUUUUCUUGUGUCCCCUAAAAAGUGGCUCUGCUUCAGAAGUACUUGCCAGUUUUUAAUUUAUUUGUGACUUUUCACCCUACUCUGCUCCCAUAUACCUUCUACCAUCGGCUGUCUUGUUUCAUCAUUUCUCUGAGAUUCUGUGUGCAGUGAGCAAUUUUUGUGUCAGAAAUUCUUUGUCAGAACAAAUAUAUUUAACAAGCUCAACUUGCUGUAAAGCUACUUGUGUUCUCUUAAUUUGUCUGUAAAAAUUUCCCUAAUUGAUUAUAUAGUGUAAGAAUAGUUGAAGACUAGUUGAAGACCUUUUGUGAUUUCAUUAUCUUGCCUAUGCAGAAGAAAAAUCGUUGAGGAAAAUUGUCAUUAGCCAGUUUAACUGAUUCAAACUCUUGUUUAUUUCAUACUAAACUAGUGAAUAAGUGAAAUAAAGGAAACUCGUCAUUAAUCUAAAGACAGAGUUCAAAGGAAUAGGGCCAAAUAUAUUCUCAAUAUUUGGAACUAAUGUUUUUAAGGUUUUUAGAAAAAUCAGGUCAUUUAAGAAAUUGUUUUGUAGUUUCUGAUUUAUAGAGGCUUCAAGUUUUCCAUCUUCACUGUAUGUUGCUGAAAGUGAGGAUGAGGAUACACAGUUGAUAUUUUUAGAAACAGUAAUUUUACUUUUAAGGAAAUUGGCUAGCUCUUUGAGCUAGAGAGCUGUAGGAAGCUCAACAUUCUUUGUAGAGAACGUUGCUUUUGUUGGAUUGUACAGGUAUAAAAACAUUGCUUUUGUUGAAUUGUAUAGGUGUAAAGGGAAUAACUGUAUGCAGGUUUGAAAAGGAAAUGUGCUUUAGGCACGAGUCAUAAGAUGCCAUUGUACUUGUAGGCAUUUUAUUUUCCAUUAGAAAUGAACAUCAGCUCUUCUCUUCUGACUGGUAACACAUAGCCCCAAAGCACGAGAUUAUUUUUUCAUUGGGUUUUUAUUGCUGUUGUUUAGUUUUGGUUUGUUAAUGCCAACCCAGUUUGUCUGUGGAACACUGACUCUGCUCUCUAAUGAGAACAAAGUUAGAAAUCUGCUGAUAACCUAAAAUAAUUUAGAAAUGAAUUAAAAAUGUGAAGUCAGGGGUUAAAGUGAUGAUGAUAAAAUAGCAUGCAAGAAACAAGCUCCUUCCAUCAGACUUGGCUACUGUUUUCUUCUAGUAUGAUUUGGUUUGGAAGAGCCUCUUAUUUCCUUCUCUUUGAGGUAUGUCUUCCUUUCUUAAUGUGUUUGUAACAUUAUUGAGAUAUAAUUCACAUACCUUACAAUUCACCCAUUUUAAGGGUACAAUUCAGUGGUUUUUAGUGUAUUCACAAAGUGGUGUAACUGUGACCACAGUCAAUUUUAGAACAUUUUGUUACCCCAAAAAGAAACCCUGUACCCUUGAGCAGUCACCUCUCAUUUUCUCCCAGUGUCCACCCACCCCCAGCCCCUGGCGACCACUAAUCUAUAUCUCUCUCUGUAGAUUUGCCUAUUCUGAUCGUUUCAUAUAAAUGGAAUUCUACAAUAUUUGGUCUUUUGGGACUGGAUUCCCAAAUGUCGUUUUCUAUUUGGAGUGAGAAAAUUCUUCUCAUCUUGAGAACUCUUACUGCUGUGAAAGGGAGUGGUUGGUAAAAUCAAUAGAUUUCAGGCAGGAGGGCCAGAUACCUAACAGGUUUUUCUCCGUGAAUCUUAUGCCGAAUAGUUUUUCCUCAUAACCAAGCAUUUAUGAUGUAUUACUACUUAAAAUAUUGUGGCUAGUCUCUAGAAUGGAUGUUGAAAUCUUUGCCUCCUCAGUCGGGAAGAGUCCUGCUAAAAAUCAGGCCAAAUGACUUGGCAAAUAAUUGACAAAGUGUUUUUCAGGUGUGUCUAUCUUUGCUAGCAGCUUGUAUACCUCAGGCCAGGUGAGCUCCCCAAAUUUCUUUUUUCAUUUACUCCAGUGAGUUUCUGCUGUCUCUUCAAGUAUGUACCAUAGGACUUAAAGGUGAUUUGGAUGCGUUGUAACACUGCUAAAUGUACUAAGUACAGAAUUUUAUUUACAGUACUAUGAGACAGUCAGUUAUUGCCUAGGGUAGUUCAAAAAUAUGAUGUCAGCUAGUUAAGCUUUUAUUUGACUGAUGUCAGUGAUAUUCAGAAGUGUGUACCAAUCAAGGCUCUUUAAAAUACAGAACGACUCAAUAACCAGGGAACCAGCCAAAUACUGUGCAGCCGCAGAAUAUGCAUAUCAAUGAAUUGGAGACGAUUAUUCUCUGUAACUCCCUAAUGAUUGUUUUCUAAGCAUUGUGGCUUCUCAGUGGCUUGACAGCAUCUUCCUGGUUGUAUGUGGCCUGUUUACAUGAAGUAUUGAGUAAUGUUUGUUGUGAGCAUCAAUGCCUGUAACAUCAAACUAAACACAUGUUUUUGGGAUAUGUUUCCAAUCUUUAAAUGACCUUGCCCUGUCCAAUAAAUGAAUGAUUGUCUCACCCUGUU